AGUUGGAGUUCUUAGACUUGCGAUGUUUUAAACACGAUGUUUUUGAUUCAAAUAGUUAAGCUGUCGAUUUAUUUAUAACUUAAGAAACUCAACGUGCAUAGCCGGUGGUAUUAGUUCACAUGUGCACGUAGCAUAAUUUUAACGCUUUGUUGAACAGACAUGUUUUGUGAACGGAACGCUUGGAAUUGAAUAAUGGCAACUUCCAGGAAAUCGUUGAGUGAAGUAGGUGGGGAUACAAUGCGAACGGAACGCACAAUCAGCAAAGAAUUAGAAUCGGGGAGUACGUCUGUAGAUGACGAAGAAGAACACGUUCUAAACAACAUGAAAGAAAUCUUCAUUACCGACAACGAGGCAAAAGAAAGCUUAUUGAAAAUAUAUGGACAAGUUAUACAGAUGGUUAAUGAACUUCCCAAAGAAUUGUCAAGUUUGUUGUCAAGGCUAUACGGAGAUGUUUCAUCAAAGCUGAAAAUGAAUGCCACAUUAGUUUCAGAGAAAUGCAAACUUGUUGUUGCAGGCGAGUCAAACUCUGGAAUGAACAGUGUUAUAAACACAGUUCUGGGAUCCGAGACACUUCCUAAUCCACAUGUACUUUCGCCAGGAACUAUAUGUUGUGUGCAUACAGUGCCCUCUGACGCUGAGGGAUAUUUUGUUAUUCAAAUGACCAAUGGAUCGAGCGAGAGAUAUUCUUAUCCUAAAGUGCCGGGCGCGUUUCAAGGUCUAUUGUCUGACAAAAUGAAAGGGAACAUAUCCCAGCGCAUAGAAACGUAUUGCCACCUGCCAGUUUGA